AAGAGUGGUUUGGAUCACUAGACAUCUAAUCAUCAUCUUCUUCACCAUCUCAUCGCCAUGUUCUGUCCUGAAAAGCCCAAACCCUCUUCCAAACGAGACAAAGUUCACCAUGUCGAAAACUUGUAACUUUCUUGGCCUCAGACUCAGAUCGAAUCCUCCUCUCCCAUUCUCAAACGCCCCUGCUCUGAAUCUCCUAACGGCUGCUUCGAAGCCUUUCGACCGUUGGAUUCGCGCCUCUUCACGUCGCCGGCUUGUUCUCGGCGGUUUCGCCGGCGCGUCCUUCUGGAUGAACAACAUGUCCGGUAAUAUUGGCGGCAAAUCUUUCAUCGCUUCCGCGAGGCAGACGAACCCUUCUCCCGUCGAACAGGCGUUGAGUAAAGUGGAAUGGCCUGAGAACUUCCCUUUCAAAGAAGAAGAUUUCCAGCGAUUCGACGAGUCGUCUGAUUCAACAUUCUAUGAAGCACCACGGUUUGUGACACACAUUGAUGAUCCAGCAAUAGCUGCAUUGACAAAGUACUACUCCAAGGUUUUGCCUGAGAGUGAAACUCCGGGAGUGAGUAUACUCGACAUGUGUAGCAGUUGGGUAAGUCAUUAUCCAGCUGGGUAUAAGCAAAAACGAAUAGUUGGAAUGGGUAUGAAUGAAGAAGAACUUAAGCGCAAUCCGGUUCUCACCGAGUACAUAGUACAAGACUUGAACAUCAAUCCAAAGCUUCCUUUUGAAGACAAUUCUUUCCAAGUUAUUACCAAUGUGGUAAGUGUGGAUUAUCUUACAAAACCACUUGUAGUUUUCAAGGAAAUGAACAGGAUCCUCAAGCCAGGAGGACUCGCUCUAAUGAGCUUCUCCAACCGUUGCUUCUUCACUAAAGCAAUCUCGAUAUGGACAUCAACUGGUGACGCAGAUCAUGCUCUCAUUGUUGGAUCAUACUUUCACUAUGCUGGUGGAUAUGAACCUCCUCAGGCGGUUGAUAUAUCUCCAAAUCCAGGACGUUCGGAUCCAAUGUACGUUGUCUACUCCAGAAAACUCCCAGUGGCCUAGAAAUUGAGACCCAAAACCUUCAUGUAUACACAGAGGAAUAUAAUAUUCAAUUAAGAUUACUUGGGAAACCUGGUUUAUAUAGAAUAUUUUACUCUCUCAA